GCCCAGGCUGCGCCCGAUCUCCCCUCAGACCGCCUUUCCACCUCAGCCGCCGCCCACUCCUGCCGACUCGUGGCGCUCCCUGCCACCCCGGCCCCUUUCCCUUCCUUCCGCACAAGAUUAUUUUAGCAGCUAGCUCUUUGUCCUGGUAGCUGUUCCUGCCUGGCAUGGUGGCGCUGCGAUCUUCACGUGGCUGGCUCUUUCUCAGCUUUUCCUUAACCAAAACUGCCAAGAAAGGCUUGGAACUGAAACAGAACCUGAUAGAAGAGCUACGGAAAUGUGUGGACACAUACAAGUACCUUUUUAUCUUCUCCGUGGCCAACAUGAGGAACAGCAAGCUGAAGGACAUCCGGAAUGCCUGGAAGCACAGCCGGAUGUUCUUCGGCAAAAACAAAGUGAUGAUGGUGGCCCUGGGUCGCAGCCCAUCUGAUGAGUACAAAGACAACCUACAUCAGGUCAGCAAGAAGUUGAGGGGUGAAGUCGGACUCCUUUUCACCAACCGCACCAAGGAGGAAGUGAACGAAUGGUUCACAAAAUAUGCAGAAAUGGACUACGCCCGAGCCGGCAACAAGGCAACUUUCACCGUGAGCCUGGACCCAGGGCCCCUGGAGCAAUUCCCCCACUCCAUGGAGCCACAGCUCAGGCAGCUGGGCCUGCCCACAGCCCUCAAAAGAGGUGUGGUGACCCUGCUGUCCGACUAUGAGGUGUGCAAGGAGGGCGACGUGCUGACCCCAGAGCAGGCCCGCGUCCUGAAGCUUUUCGGGUAUGAAAUGGCAGAAUUCAAGGUGACCAUUAGAUACAUGUGGGAUGCAGAGUCCGGAAGCUUCCAAGAGAUGGGAGAUGACUUGCCAGACAGCGCCCCUGAGUCUGCAGAAGAGUCAGAGGAGGACGAUGAGAACAGCUGACGGCCCUCUGGUGGAGGCCUCCAGGCCCACUGGACCGCGUGGGCCCAGACAGGAGCGCGACAGGGACGGACUCUAAAGAAUGAAACUCUGGCAGCUUGUCUCCCUGGAGACACAAAAGGGACUUUUUUCAGAAAGGGGUCUUUGGAUUUGGGGUUUUUUUAAUCUGCCUCCCAGGACGUGGGCUGGCUUCCAGCUGUGGCUCUGAGGGCGGCUGCCAGAGUCGGGCCUUCUGUCCUCUGGCCCUCAGUGUCCCUUGCUGAGGAACACCGUUUCCUUGGCGCCCUCCCUGCCCCAGCACACCCCCACUCCCACGCUGGGGCUGGGGAGUCCUUGGAUGAGAGGAGUAAAGUCACUGAUAAAACUGAGUCAGUGUUCGCGUGGUCACAGCAUCCUGGAGACUUUGCAUGAGUGUCCAGGGAGGUCAUGUGAAAACCUCCUUCAGGGUGUUUGAUGCUCUUUCUGUCAAGUGGAGAAGAGAGGGCAGCUCCAGCUCUACUGCAAAGAGGUCAGGCUGGAUGCCAGGCAAGGUGGGGAGACCUCCACCCUCCCCUGCACUCUGAACACAGACCUGUGAUGCCCCUUCUUACCCAGCCCUGGGGAGACAGGAAAGAGGCCUCGGCAGCUGGGCAUAUUGCCAGAGUAUAGGAAGUAAACCUUCUGCCCUGGGCUGGAGAGGUAACAAAGCAGAAGAUGCCCCAAACUGGCUGGGGUGAGAGUGAGACAGUGCCUCUGCCUCCUCAGGUGUAGCUGAGGCCUAGUGGGCAUAGUGAGGACAUUCCUGGGCAGCCAGGUGCCAGGUUUGACCAAAGGCCUGCACCACAGCUGAUUCCAGGGGCCCUUUCUCAGUUGUUGCCAAGUUCUCCAGCUGUUCUGGGCUAGACACACCCAGGAUGACGAUGUCCCCAUGGGCACCCACAACGGGGAAUGCCAGGUGAUAUUGCCCUUCUGUACCAUAGUGACUGGGGCCCACCCACUCCCCCUCAGCCAAGACUUAGGAUCUGACAUCUGUUUGCUACUUCCGAAAGCAUUUACGUGGCCUUCUGUGGCCCUGCCGCCAGGUCUUGGCAGCCAGCACUCCUGAGUACAGAGCCACUCGCUGCUGGGAUGCCGACCCCACUGGCGUUCAGCCUCCGUUCUUUGCAGGGUGGGUGUGGGAAUGAAGUUUUUGUGAAGUGCUUUGCUUCAGGCCUGCCUGGCACUUAACAGAUGCUUGACAGAGGGACCCAGCAGUGUGUCCCCAAGCUGGAGAAGAAAGCAUGGACGUGGGAGCAGGGGCAGCCUUCUGCUCCCUGCCAGGACUCCGCAACGUACACAUGGACGGAACAAACAUUAACAGAAACGGUUUCAGAGUGGAACCUAAGCUUAUACCUGCCCCGUGCGACCUUGGGGCCCUGGUCAAGUGAAACAACCUCUGAAGUCGUUUAUUGGAGGGAAAAUUGGGACAAUUGUACUUAAGAGACAACUAGCAUUUGUAACAUGGAAAUUAAGAACAGGACUACAGCCCGAAAGAAGUGGACUGUGGGGACAUGUCAGAGGAAGAAAGGCAUAAUCAGAAGCCAAAUAUAGCUACGUAGCCUCCCCUCCUCCACUUGCCACCACCCGACAAAAAAACAAGCAGCAAAGGGCCUCCCUGGUGGCGCAUAGGGUUAAGCACCGCACUAUGAAGCAAUCCACAGCCUCUGCAGCACCAGUUCGAUCCCUGGCCUGCCAGGGAGCAACCCACAUGGUGCAGCAGACCUCUCCUGACUCGCCCGCUGCUCCCCUCAGCAGUGUUUUCAGUCAGUCUGCCUGUUCUGUUCCCACUCUGUCUCUGGUGAAUCCUUUCACCCCCCACACCUCUAGACUGUGCCCCAGCUUUUGUAUGCAUAAAUAAAUAAAUCUUUUUAA